GGAGGGCAGCGCCGCAGAAGGAAAGAAGGAAGGCAAGGAGGCCAGAGAGGAGGCCAGAAGGCCAGCCGAGGAGGCCAUCGGGGGCCGGAGCCAUCCCUGGAGCCUGGCCUGCCCUCCUAAGGUCUUUAUGGGAGGACUGGGCAAGACUGGAGGGAUCCCCGACGGCGCCGCGGAGCUGGGAGAAGGCGGCAUGCGGUGGCCCAGCUGAAGGGAGCCCAAUGGCCGUCCGGAGCGGGAGCCACAGCAGCCACAGCAGCAGCAGCAGCAGCAGCCCUUCCCCGACGCCCUUCUCCAUCCAGGCCAUCCUCAACAAGAAGGACGAUCGCGGAGGCCUUGGACGGGGCUUCCCUUCGGGCCGGCUCCAACCCCUACCUCCUCCUCCUCCUCCUCCUAUUCCUCCUCCUCCUCCUCUUCCUCUUCCUUCCCCCGACGGAGCGCCCGCCUGCUGCUGGAGGCUCUUCGGCGACGAAGCCAAAGCCCUGGCGGCCGCCCUCCAACAGCAUCAUCAUCACCACAAAUCCCAGCAUCCCCAGCCCCGCCCGGGCCUCCCCGCGCCGUCUAGGCCCUUUUGGGACUCCGAUUCGGUCCUGAGUGAAGAGAAAGAGGAAGAAGAGGAGGAGGAAGAGGAGGAGGAGGAGGAGGAAGACGAGGAAGGCCAAGCCUUGAACCCCCAAGAAGGCCUUCCUUGCAGGAUCGUUAGGGAGCCCCCCGAGGAGGAGAGCCAAGGGCCGCCCUCGACGGACUUCAGCGACGGGGAACGAACGGCCCCAGCCUCAGGGGACCGCAUCCACCCGGAGGAGCUCGACGGGGAGGACGAGGAGGAGGAAGAGGAGGAGGAAGAGGAGGAAGAGGAGACCCUGAGCCCUAAAGGCCCCCGACCGGGUGGUAAGUACGCCAAGGAACAAUCGGAGGCAUCGGAGCCGGAGGUCAAGGCCCCGACGGGGCUUCCCUCGACGACGGCGGGUCCGGCCAAGCCCCGCAAGAAGCGCUCCCGGGCGGCCUUCUCCCACGCCCAGGUCUUCGAGCUGGAGCGGCGCUUCAACCACCAGCGCUACCUCUCGGGGCCCGAGCGGGCCGACCUGGCCGCCUCCCUCAAACUAACCGAGACCCAGGUCAAGAUCUGGUUCCAGAACCGACGCUACAAGACCAAGCGACGGCAGAUGGCCGCCGAUCUCCUCGCUUCAGCUCCGGCCGCGGUAGCCGCCGCCAAGAAAGUAGCCGUCAAAAUCCUGGUCCGCGACGAUCAGAGGCAGUACCACCCGGGAGAGGUCCUCCGGCCUCCGCCGCCGCCUCCUCCACCCCUUUUCUCCCUACAACCGCCUUACUACUACCCUUACUACUGCCUCCCCGGUUGGGCCCUCUCCGCCUGCGCCGCCGCUGCGGCUUCUUCCCAGUGACCGCCUCGACGGGGCGGACGCAAAGCCAAAGAAACCAGCCUCUGGACUGAGACUGAAACUAAGAACCGGGCUGGAAGCUUUUCUUAAACCUCUAAAGAAAGCCCUGUUUAGGGAUCUUCGACGGGGUGGGAGGGACCCGACUCUCAGUAAGACUGACUGCACCGCUUUCAAAGGGGGUUUUAGUCACAUUUUCCUCCUUCUCAGACGUGUUUCUCCUCCAGAAGUGAAUCGGAGCGACCCCGAGGGGACUUUCGACGGGCAGCGAACAAGAACUCCCUCCGCGCGCUAAUACGCAUCCUUCCGACUUUGGGUUUUUGCCGACUUUUAGCACUUUGCCGUUGUAUUGAAGUCCUUGUUGUUGUCGAUGGGCUAUAAAAAUUGUUAUUUUUUAUAUUCAAUGUGAAUAUUUUAGCCAGGCCUUCGAGGGCAAUGGUUUUAUUUUCCUUUCUUUGACUAGCCACCCAAGUGCCUUUCUUUAUCUCCCAGUACAAAACCCCUGCGCCCUUCUCUUCGAGGGACGCCUGCACUCCAGCUAUCUCUCUCUUUCCUUCUCUGUCGCCCUUGAAUUGUGAAUAUUUGUUUGUUCAUCCUUGCCCUUGUACGUUUUCU